UAUACAGCUGUCAUUUACAGUGGACGUGGGGAAGGUAGGGAAGCACCGGAUUAUAAGGAGUAUGUUUAGUUAAGUGUUAAGUUUUUAUACAACUUUAUAUUUUAAGUUCUCGAGGAACAUGGACAAAGUGGACUUGUUUUAAUGUUCUUCGGAAACGAAGUUCUCGGCAAUAUUGUUCUUCAAAGUGAUACAUAGAGCAGGAUGUCAGCUCCCACCAACCCGCUUCAACAGCAGUCCAGAGUCCGACGUAGCAAUGCAGGGUCCCCCAGUUCCUCUAACGGCUACCGUCUGCACCCCAUUCGCGCUAUCGUACCCUACCAGCUGCUACUCGGGGGACGGAGCAGUCCCACACUAUCUCCGUCUCUCUCUGCUGGAAGCUACAGUGGACCUACAAAUAGCUGUGGGUCGUCUCCCCCAAGCCCGACACUGAGCUGUGGAGUAAAUGGCAUCUGGGAACCGAAGUUCGCCACGAGACAGAGACUGUCGCCUGAGAAUAAGGGUUGUUGCUCGCCUGACUGGGGACCAAACUCACCAGUUUGUAGAGGAGAGAGGUCCAAACUGCAGUUGCGUAGCUCCAGUGCUAUUCGGCGGACAUCUUCCCUGGAUGCCAUUACAGGACCGUACCUCACUGGCCAGUGGCCUCGUGACUUCCAUGAACCCUGCAUGAAAGACAAAGCCACACAGACUCAAGGCAUGUGGAUCGAGGAGUCAGGAGGGGAGCAGGGACGCCCCCACCAGAGGUCAGCCUCCUGGGGAAGUGCAGACCAUCUAAAAGAGCAGAUUGCUAAGCUUAGGCUUCAGCUCCAGCGCAAUAAACAGAUCAACCGCCAGAACAAAGAGAGAGAGCAGCCAGGGCAACACAUCACCACCACAUGCCAACCCCAGACCAAGGUGGUUCCAGUAGUUCUGUCUAAUAUCCCAGUGCCAAAGUCCCUGAUAUCCAGAGUGCCUAGCAGUAUGGAUGGUAUCAAUCAUGAGCUGGAGAAUGUGUUCAUCACAGAAGACUGGAAACAGGGAAUACAGCCUUUGGAAGUGUUGGACGGUCGCCGAGCCCCCUUUCAGCCACAUCGCUACAGCAUCGGCAGUGAUACGCGGGACACGGACACCCAGGCACCCUCUAGUGGUGGGUCCAGCCCCUGGUCUUGCCCUUUCACCCCUGACCCCCUUCCUUCCCCAGAAGGAAGCCCCUGCUUUAUAGAAGAGCUCGACAAAGAUGGCGGAUGUAGCUCUCCCCUCCCUAAAUUUGCCACCUCUCCCAAACCCAACAACAGCUACAUGUUCAAACGUGAACCGCCAGAGGGCUGCGAGAGGGUCAAAGUGUUUGAAGAGAUGGUGUCUGGUACAUCCAAAGGCUUUCCUCUGUUCUCGUGCCCUGACAAAAACAAGGUGAACUUCAUCCCCAGGGGCUCGGCCUUCUGUCCAGUCAAACUCCUCUGCUCCUCCAUCUACUCCUCGUCCUCCUCCAGCCCUGGUCCCCAUGGCAGCACGUGGCCCAAUGCCACCCGCAUGCCCACUGUGUCUCGUACCUCCUCUGACUGGAGCAUGUCUGUUGUCAGCAGGUCAGACACCAGCAAGGAGAACCGCACAGACAGCAACAGUCCAGAUACAGGCCCUAACGUAGAAACAGAUCAACUGACAAGCACAGACGUCAUAUCAGACGGCCUGUCUACAGAUCCCUGUUCCACUACACACGUCCUCCUCACCAGCUAGUCCUCAGGUACGGUUCAGUAGCUGACCAUCAGUCUGGUCAAAGUGGCCAUGAGUUGGAAAAACAGCACAAAUAGAUGUAGGAGCAGGUUCGCUGAGCAGGUUUUCCUUAAAAUAACCUUACCCAGUAAGGAGGGCCUGUCUUCGCUGUCCAUCUCUAGCCUAGCCUUCUCGUCUGCACAGUUUUGCAGGGAGCACCCUCUGGAGAGACAUUAUCUUUUCAAAGGGUCCGUUUGACUGUUUAAUGUGUUGUGUUUUGUAGCAAGCAGCUUUAUCAAAAUAAUUUCAAGAAGAAUAGGAGGAACAAACAUUUAAUGAAAGAGAAUGAUGCAGAGAAUGUUUAGCAUUUUUUGUUUAUCUCACCAGCUUAUUUAGCUGUUCUGUAUUGCUAGCUGAUAUUACAGUAUGGAUGGUUAAGCUUUUAAUGAAAGACAAAUACCAUGCCUGUUUAUAUUGCAAUCCCAAUUGGGAGCUAUUGUAGUUACAAUACAAUGCUCCACUGUUCCCCUGAUAUUUACACCUAAUUGAGGUGUCAAUCCAGGUAAACUCUUUACUAAAAGCUAAAAACCAUCUGAAAGUGACCAAACAGCCAGCUCCUAAGCACAAUGUCCCCACACUUAGCCCUGCUUCAGAUCCCCUUGGAGUGUUGAUGAACUCAGGUCAUCUGGAAUGUACUAUCCCUCAGGCGACAUUGCCUUUAUUCAUUCAUGUCAUUAUUCCUAAAACAUUCCAUAGACUUUCAACAAGUUCAUAUUUCAUUUUACUUAUUCCAAUCUUUCAACACCAAAUGUUACAGAAUUGUUAUUGUUAGACUAUGAUUACCUGGUGUACAGGUACGUUCAGUAACGGUAGUAGGGCUACCAGAUACAUUCCAGAAGUUCUUAUAUUGUAGCUCCAAGAUAUCGGUAUAUAAAAUGCUGAAACUUUAUGGAAAAUUAAAUAAAACAUUUGCAAAGAAUAUCGAACAUUUUAUGUGCACAAAAACAAGGGUGAAUGUAACAUUUUUGGUCAAUCAAAAAAGGACUUAAUUCUGUGAAUGUGUAACUUAGCAUUGAGGCUGUAGUUUUUGUCAAAAUAAAGGAAACAACCACAUACAUGUUCAUAAUAGGCCUUGGGCCUAGGCAUUGUGAAACAUUGAUUUGUUUAGUCUUCAUUACUGAAGCUACUGAGAAACAGGGCCCCAGUAAUCACUUUUUCAAAGUCAUUGAGAUCUGUUCUAGAUACAGUAUGGUGGCCAGCCCAGCAUUGUCAUUCAUAACCCUUAGCAUGAUGUCCCUCAGUGUUUUCACUAUUUUUGCAAGGUAUGUUUUCAAAGCAAGAUUAAUCGCACUUAUAAUAGAUUACACACUAAUAAUAGUAAUACUAAUAAAAUGUCAGAUUCAGAGAUUGUAAGCGUAGCUACAGGAAGAGUAGCUUCUGCUUUUUCCAGAGUGAAUGUGGAUCCCCAAAAAUGUAUCAAGUAAAAUGAAGAAUGUAACUGUGUACAAAGGUAGGGCUUAAAUAAACAUCUGUCCCAGAUUGCAGAAUUUACACAUGAGCUUUUUUUCUCCAAAUGGUUAAAUCAACUCAUAGAUUGGUCUUUGGUUCAGUUUCAUGACCUCCAACUACUAGCAGGCUAACCUCCUCACAGAUUUAAGUUCACUGGUCAGAAUUAGAACUGUGUGGAAACAGGUUGAACAUUGUAAAUAAAGACACUGUGUAAAUGUUGACAGGUUUGAAUGAA